AUGUUCUUUGUCCUUUUGAUAUCAUAUUCUAUUGCAUUGUCAUGCACAAUGUUUGAUGGGGAUUAUUUGAAAUUAGUUGCACACAACAAUGAAUAUUUAUAUUAUCCAAUAACUAAUGCUUUCAAAGAUUGGAGAGAUUUUGCUAAAUAUGAAUUGAUUGAUCAUAAUAACAAAAUUUAAUUAAUUCAACCAAUUCAAUUGUUGAAUAGUGAGAUAAUUGAUGAAACACAUGGUAUAUUCUUUAAUAUAAUUAUAGAGGAUUAUAAGAUUAUUAAAUUUGAUGGAGUUUAAAGGAGAGAGAGAUACUGGUUAAACUAAUAUGCCAUAUUGAGAAUUAUUAAUAAUUAAUAUCAAUUGAUAUAUAAUUUUUAAUAAUGGCAUAGUAAUCAGGACAGAAUGCCAAAAUUUGAUAAAUCUAUAGAUAUAGGUUCCACUGAUUAGAUUAAAUGCUUUGAUUUUGUUUGGAUAAACAGUAAAUCUCUCAUAAUAGAUUGCAUGGAAAUAAUCAAUGAACAAGAAAUAAAUUAUUUUUAUAUUAUUCAAAUUGGAGAUUAGAUCUUAAAGACAAAAAUAGAAAAUACUUAUCCUUACUCUAGAAACUAAGAAAGAAAUAUAUAUAUAUAGAGUAAGUACUUAUAUAGAGUUACAAAGAAGAAUUAAUAUAAUAAUGAAAAUUAAGUGGAAAUAUUUGAAUACAACUCUUAAACUCUUGAAUUGACUUUAUUUACAAUAAUAAAUAGUUAAUUUUUUGUAGAUAAUAAUUUUACCUAAGAUUAUGAAGAUUAUGAAAACUUUUAAAUUUUAGAUUUCAAAUAUAGUGAUACAUAUUAAUUUAGUUUCUUAGAUGAUUUACAAAAUAUCAUAUAUCUAUCAUAUUAUUCAGAUGAAUGGACAUUAACAAGAGAUUAGACUAAAUACAAAAUUCAUUCUUAUGAUAUUGAUUUCAAAUCUAAAAUAUACAUAGGUAUUGGAGAUUCCUUUUUCUAUAAUUCAAAAUAUCCAAGUUCUUAACUUAUUUUAACCUUUGAUACUAGCAAUUACACUCCAUAUAUGAUGGAUAAUUAUUGUAAUCUAGUUUCCUCUGAAUCCAUAAUAUAAAUAGUAGCUAAUGAAAUUUCAUUUACUAAAUUAGGUGAUUUCUCAAAAGUUUUAAUUGAUUAAAAAAAUAAUGAAAUAUUCUCAAUCUAAGGUAAUAGAAUUUUAAGGUUCUUUAAUCAUUAUAGUGUUAACUUACUCUAUCAUCCUGUUGAUAAUGAUGAUUAUAAGAUAUACUAAGCAUAAGUAAAUUAUAAAGGUUGUACUUUGAAUAUUGAAUAUUAAACUAUAGCAUCAGAUAGUUAAGAAUUGAUUUAAAUAAGAAAAGAUGAAUUUAUGUUUUGGUCUCCAUUCUUUGCUUCAUCAAUUUCUUAAAUUAAUUAUUUUAAUCUUUUAGUUUAAGGACCAAAUAUUAGUAUUGCUAUAUUAAAUGAGUAAGAAAAGAUCUCAGAUCAUUAUUAUUAAACCCAACCUCAAAAACAAAUUACUGUAGAUAAUUAACCUGAAUCAAAUUAUGUUUAUUUAGAAAUUAUUGAAUAUACUAGAAUUAAUACUUUUUAAUUGAUGAUUAUAUCUUAAAAUGAUCAAUUAAAACUAACUUUGAAGAUAUGUGUAUAUAUAGAUUUUAAAUUUGAAUGUUCAAAAGUUGAAGAAACUUAAUUAGAUUUUUAAUUAACAAAAUAAAAUACUGCAAUCUCAUGUUUUAUGGAUUUUGUUGAAAUAGUAACAUUGAUAUCAUCAGAAAAAUUAUCAUACAUCUCUUUCCAUUAACCUGGUUAUUUUUCAACCUAAGUCUUUCCUUUAGAUAAAGAAUAAGAAAUUGAUACCAUAGCAUAUUUUACAUAUAUAUUAGUGUUAUCUUCAUCAAAAUAAUAAGUUGUAUAUGUAUACUCUCUUAUUUAAGAAAUGAUAUUACUGUAUUAAUUUUCAUCCUAAGAUUAUGUAUUUAUUAAGCCAAAUUAAUUAUUCAAUUAAUAGUAGGAUAUAUAAACGUUUAUUCAUUAACUUUUUAUAUUUAAUAAAUAAGAUCAAUUAUUAAUAAUUAUGUAUUUAGACUUCAGCCUACAUUAUGUUGUCAAUUAAAUUUAAUUAAAUGAAGUUUAAAAUAUUAAAGUCUAAAUCUCAAAAAAUCGAUUUGUUGUUGUUUAGGAAAAGAAAGAUAAUAAUUAUGAAAUUUUAAUUUAUAAUAUGGAAAAUAAAUGCAAUAUAGUUCUGGAGAAGACUCUUCCCUUAUAUUCAUAUGUUAUUGAUAAUUUAGAUAAUAUUUCAUUGAGCUUAUAUCUAGAUGCUCUAUAUGUGAAAAGUUAAAAUAAAUUGUUGAUAUAUUUACUUAAUAAUCCAAGUCAUAAUUCUUUAUUUAAAGAAAUUAUUAUUGAUAAAGAUGUUAAAGAUAUUUUUGGUAUUAGAAAUUAUUUAGUGUUUAUUUAAAAACAAGAACUAAUCAUUUAUUAUAUAUAAACCUAACUUGCAUUUGGUUAUAAUAUUAAUAUGAACAAUGAUAUUUUUAUUUAAUUGAAUCAAACUCAAGUAUAAUUUACAAAUAAUAAAAGUUAAUUUAAUUUAAGUUAGAAAUUUAAAUAUGUUAAUAUGAAUACUUAAAUUGAACUUUAUAAUGAGAAACUCUAAAUAGUGACUAAACUUAAAGAUGAGAAGCAUAAUAAUAUGAUUCAAGAUAUGGGAUCUAAUUGGUACUCAGGAUAAGUUAUUAAAUUCUAAUCAUUAAAUAUUAAUAAUCUUAAUGACAUAAAGAUUAUUUAACCUAUUAAUGAGACUUAACAUUUAUUUUUUAAUGUUUCUAGAUCAGUUAAGGAGUUUGAUGAAACUAAAUUGUUUGUUCUUUCUGAUUAUACAUACAGUUUGAUAGAAAAAACUAAUGGAAAACUUGUUAAAGAAUUUAAAUUUUUAGAUGAAAAUUACUAAUGCAAAUCAAUUUUAUAUGCAUAGAAUUAAAAUUAUAUAGUCUCUUGUAGUUAAGGAACAAAAGAAAUAAUAUUUGGGAUCAGUUGCAAAAAUCAAGUAUGUGAAAGUAGUAAAGGUCUUUCAAUAAGUAGUUCUUUGAGAAAAGCAUAUAUAUUUGAAAAGACUCUUUUUUGUAUAGGAUAAAGUUUUCUAUAUGUUUAUGGGAUUAAAGAAUCAAUAUUAGAAAUUGAGAAGGCUAAAUUUAUUGGUGAAAUAUAGUUUGAUCCAGAUUAUUAUUCAAAUACAAUUAUCAUGAUUAAAUCCAAUCAUUAUAAUCUAUACUCAUUUAAUUUCUAAGGAUAAUUAUUAAUAAAAGAAUUAAAGAUUUUAGAUGAUUAAUUGAUUUAAUUUAAUAAAUUAGUUAUUGAUGUUAAAGAAUAUUUAAAUAAAGAAUAUUAUAUGGAUAAUUAGUUAGUUGAAAUUUAAGUAUUAUCAACUAAUUUAGAAGAUGAGCUAUUUUAAGGGAAAUUCUUGUUUUUUGCAAAAUAAGGUGCUCAUUUUGGAAUGAAUUAUAAUUUUACUUGUAAUGAUUCAGGAUGUUAACUCAAAAAUCAAGAAGUGUUUUCAGUUAUAUAAGGAUAUGAAGAUUUUAUAUUAUUUGAGAAAUAUAUUCCAACUAUAUAAUUGUAAAAUGAUUUACUAUUAAUCUUAUAUUAAGAUUGGAGAAGCAGUUCAAAAUUUUUGGCAGCUUAUCGUCUUCCAUAAAAUUAUUCGAAAAACUUUCCUAUAUAAUUCUUUGGAGCUAUUGAAUUUACUAAUCAAUUUUAUAGAAUAGAAAAGUAAUUGAUAUCUUAUAAAUUAAAUAAUAAGGUAAAUUAUAAUUAUUAUAAAUUUAAUAGGAAUAUUUAUUGUUUAAUAAUUAUAACUAUAGUAUAUUGACAAUGUAUGAAGUUACUCAAUCACCAAAGAUAGUUUAUAAUGGAAUCAUUAAAUCAGACGUUUAAUAUAUUUAAGUUAAGAACCAUUUCAAAAAUGCAAUUUUGAUGCUUAAUAUUGAUGUUGAGAAAACAGAGAAAUCUUAUUUAUGGCUAUGGAUCUUGUUGGGUGUUGUUGGAGGUUUGUUUUGUAUUGGGGCUGGAUUUUAUUUGUAUAAGAAGAAAAAAAAGGAAGAUACAUUAAUUUGA